UUAACCGCUACUUGGACUCGAUUACUGCGCGCUUCUUUAGGCAAAGUAGCAACCCCACCGGGCCGUAGCACACACUAAGAAGUAGUCCCUCCUUGUAUAAAAUCAGGCACCCCGGCCAGAGCCGGAGGCGCCCCGGUCCCUGCAAACUUCUCUCAGUAGGACUUUUCCUGCAGAUACGGAUUCAGUCAUGUCUAAGGCAAAGGAUGCAGGUUCUUCCGUUAUGCAGACCCAGCAGAUGCAUGCUGCCAUGGCCGAUACGUAUAUCGAGCACAUGUGCCUGCUGGACAUCGACUCUGAGCCCGCCGUGUCUCGUAACACCGGCAUCGUCUGCACCAUCGGGCCCGCAUCCCGAUCUGUAGACAUGGCCAAGGAAAUGAUCAAAGCUGGGAUGAACAUUGCAAGAAUGAACUUCUCUCAUGGCACCCACGAAUACCACGCUGAAACCAUCAAGAAUGUCCGCGAGGCAACCGAGAGCUUUGUCCCAGGUACUGUUGAGUACAGGCCAGUGGCCAUCGCUCUGGACACCAAAGGACCAGAAAUCAGGACCGGUCUCAUCAAGGGCAGUGGCACUGCAGAGGUGGAGCUGAAAAAGGGUCAGAACAUUAAGGUCACCCUUGAUGACAAGUACAAGGACAACUGUGAUGAGAAUUAUCUGUGGGUCGACUACAAAAACAUUACCAAGGUGCUGCAGGUCGGAAACAACGUCUAUGUUGAUGAUGGUCUGAUCUCACUCAAGGUUAAGGAAGUUGGCAACGACUACCUGUCGUGUGAGAUUGAGAAUGGAGGCAUUCUGGGCAGCAAGAAGGGCGUCAACCUGCCCGGAGCAGCUGUGGACCUGCCAGCUUUGUCUGACAAAGACAUUCAGGACCUGCAGUUUGGUCUGGAGCAGGGUGUGGACAUGGUCUUUGCAUCCUUCAUCCGUAAAGCGGCUGACGUUCAGGCUGUCAGGAAAGUCCUGGGUGAGAAAGGCAAGGACAUCAAGAUCAUCAGCAAGCUGGAGAACCACGAGGGCGUGCGCAGGUUUGAUGAGAUCCUGGAGGCUAGUGAUGGCAUCAUGGUCGCCCGUGGAGACUUGGGCAUCGAAAUCCCAACAGAGAAAGUCUUCAUCGCUCAGAAAAUGAUGACUGGCAAGUGCAAUAGGAUUGGCAAGCCUAUCAUCUGUGCCACACAGAUGCUGGAAAGCAUGACCAAGAAGCCACGUCCCACCCGCGCAGAGGCGAACGAUGUCGCCAACGCUGUGCUGGACGGUAACGACUGCAUCAUGCUUAGCGGCGAGACCGCCAAGGGAGACUACCCUCUGGAAUCUGUGCGCACACAGCACAGGAUUGCCCGUGAAGCCGAGGCGGCCAUGUUUCACAGGCAGAUGUUUGAGGAGCUGCGUCGCACCUCCCAUCUGACCCGUGACCCCACAGAGACCGUCGCCAUCGGCGCCGUCGAGGCCUCCUUCAAGUGCUGCGCCAGCGCCAUCAUCGUGCUGACCAAGAGCGGCAGGUCUGCUCACAUGCUGUCAAGGUACAGGCCCCGUGCCCCCAUCCUCGCCGUGACCCGCUGUGGUCAGACCGCACGCCAGGCUCACCUUUACCGUGGCGUUUACCCACUGCUUUACACCAAGGCAGCCAACGACGUCUGGGCCGAAGAUGUUGACCUGCGCGUCAACUUUGCCAUGGAAUAUGGCAAAUACCGCAAGUUCUUCAAGUCUGGAGAUGUUGCCAUUGUAGUGACCGGCUGGCGCCCAGGCUCUGGUUACACCAACACCAUGAGAGUUGUGCUGGUGCCCUGAACAUCAUCCAAGGACACUAGUAAAAACUAGUAUUCCCCUCAUUCAUGUUGCUCUCCACAUAAAUUUGGACAGUCAAUAAAUUAUUUCCUUCAGUA